AUGAUGGAUUCAUUUGUAAGUGCAUAUGAUGGAAAAGUUGGGCCUCUUAUGGACAAAAUUGAUCAAGUUCGAGCAUUAUUAUCAGCAAAUAAUGAUGGUGUUAAUUUUCCGAAUGUUGUUGUCGUUGGGGAUCAAUCAAGUGGAAAAUCAACAUUAUUAGAAUCUUUAUCAUUGGUUGAACUUCCAAAAGGUUCUGGUAUUGUUACACGAUGUCCACUAGUUUUAAGAUUACGUAAAUCAAUUCAAAGAAAAGUUUAUCGUCUACAUGACGAUAAUAAAAAACAAUUUUUGGAUGAAACUAAAUUAAAUAUAUUGAAGUAUAUUGAAGAAGAAACAAAAAUACUUGCAGGAAAUAACAAAAAUGUUGUGGAAAAUUUAAUUGAAUUACUUGUUGAAGAUCCAAAUUUACGAGAUUUAACUGUAGUUGAUUUACCUGGUAUAGCACGAAAUCCAAUAGGCGAUCAACCUAAAAAUAUUCAUGAACAAACAACAAAGUUAAUUCGUAACUUUAUUAAAAAAGAAGGCACUGUCAUUUUGUGUGUUUUUCCUGCCAAUGUUGAUAUUGCAACAGUUGAAUCAUUCACAUUAGCACGUGAAUAUGAUCCGACAGGUAUUCGUACAAUAGGUGUUAUAACAAAAUCCGAUUUAGCUCCUAAUCAAGAUUCAUUAGUACAACAAUUACUUAUGAAUCAACCUAAUGUGUUUCAAUUAACAUUAGGCUUUAUUGCUGUUCGUAAUCGUAGCACCGAUGAAAAAAUAAGUUUAACAGAUGCACAUACACGUGAAAAAGAAUUUUUUUCUAAUCAUCCAGCUUCAUCACUCGUUGGAUGGCAUUGUCUUGGUAUUAACGCAUUAAUUAAUCGUUUAGCUGAUUUAUAUUCUGAUCGUGUUAGUGAAAUAUUUCCAAAAAUGCGAAUUGAAGUACACAUGAAAUUAAAAGAUAUUCGUGAACAAUUAUCAAAAUUUCCACCAGAUUUAGAUACACCUUCAGCACGUUUAGCAAAAUAUCAUGAAUUAGCGGAAUUUUAUGUUGAAAAUAUCUUAAAAGUACGUUUUUCAGCAUCAGUUGAUGGUCAAACGACCAGUAUGAGUAAUACUUUACAUAUAAAAUUUGGAAAAUAUAUUAAUGUAAUACAUCGACAUACAGAAGAAUUAUUUACCGAUACGUAUCAUAAAAAAGUUAGUACUGCUAUUUCAGCAUGUAUUGGUGAACAAUUACCAAAUUUUCUUCCACAUCCUGUAUUAAAACGUUUAAUAUGUGAAAAGUUGGAUCAACUUUGGACAACAACAAAGGUUCUGAUUAAUGACUGCUUUCGUACUGUAUUAAAUUUAUUAAAAUAUAAUAGUAAUAAUCAAUAUAAAGAUGAUAUUUUAUUAAUGAAAUUAAUGCCAGCUUUUCGUGAUAUUGUUAAACUAUAUCUUAAUGAAAAAAAUCAAAUUAUACAUAAUCAAUUACAUGAAAUGAUUCGAUUAGAGAAACAUGAUCCAUAUACAAUUGAUUCUUUCUAUAACAAUAAGAUAGAUGGAUUUCGAAUUUAUUCUGCAGAAUUAAAUUCAAAAGAUAAUGAUGAAGAAAGAAAAGCAUUGUCUUUAAAAAGGAAAUAUGAUGAUGUUGAUGAUGAAUUAAUGUUUAAUUCAAUUUUAAAUGUUGAUCAAGCUGUACAAGAAAUGAUAUAUAGUGUGUAUUCAUAUUGGAAAUUAUUAACAAAACGUUUUAUGGAUUAUACAGCUUUAACAUUACGUGCAGCAUGUGAUUUUGAUGUAUGCCCUGGCGUACAAGAACGUUUAAGACAUCUUCCUAUAGAACAAUGCGAUUUUGUUGAUUCAUAUCUUGCUGAAGAUGUUUUUACUAAAACAAAACGAAAACAAUUACAACAAACAAAAGAACGAUUAGAAAAAGUCGAUGCUAUACUUGGUGGUCAUAAUACAACAAAUUUUGCAAAUCAUACAUUUAUUGACUCAAUCUCAAUGGAAGAUGAUUCAUUUAUGACAUUAGAUAAACUAGCACAAAGUAUCACUCCUCCUCCUCCUCCACGUCCUCCAAUUACUACUACCAGUGAUACUAUUACUACCAUGAGUAGUGUUCCAUUGGUACCAAAACCCGUUGUUUCUAAUGGAUUGCAAACCACAUCCAUACGCAAAUAG